CCCCUUUAAGCCCGGGCUGGUGGGGCCCACUCUCCGGUGAGGCCACGCCCACGCGGCCCCGCUAAGGUAAACAGAGGGGGCGUGGUCAGGGGGCUCACCCCCCUUGAGGUCCCGCCCCUCGCCCCCCUCUUAAAGCGGCAGCGCCGCUGAGACGUCGCGGGAGCGGAACCGUUACGCAGGAGCCGCCGCGAUGCUGCUGCUCCGGGCCGUCGUGGGGCGCAGGCUCCCGCCGCUGACGCAGCUCCGCCGCGGCUCCUCCCGGUUCGCCGCCGGUGCCGCGGCCGGGGGGGGACGCCGGGGGGCGGCCCCGGUGCUGGCGGCGCUGCUGGGGCUCGGGGCCGUCCUCGCCUACGGAGAACGGCGGCGAAGGAGCGCCCAGACAGCCCAGGCCACCCCGGCCCCCCGGUACCCCGUGUACACACGGGAGGAGGUGCGGCGGCACCGCAGCCCUGGGGACCGGGUGUGGGUGACCCACGGCACCGAGGUCUUCGAUGUCACCGACUUUGUGGAGCUGCACCCGGGGGGGGCCGACAAGGUGCUGCUGGCGGCCGGGGGGGCCCUGGAGCCCUUCUGGGCCCUCUACGCCGUGCACAGCCAGCCCCACGUGCUGGAGCUGCUGCGGGAGUACAAGGUGGGCGAGCUGAGCCCCGAGGAGGCCCCACCGAGCCCCGACGCCGCCCAGGACCCCUUCGCCGGGGACCCCCCCCGGCACCCGGGGAUGCGCGUCAACAGCCUGAAGCCGUUCAACGCGGAGCCGCCGGCGGAGCUCCUGACCGAGAGCUUCCUGACGCCCAACGAGCUCUUCUUCACCCGCAACCACCUGCCCGUGCCCGCCGUGGACCCCCGCUCGUACCGGCUGCGGGUGGAGGGCCCGGGGGGCCGCGCGCUGUCGCUGUCGCUGCCGGAGCUGCGGAGCCGCUUCCCGAAGCACGAGGUGACGGCGACGCUCCAGUGCGCCGGGAACCGCCGCGCCGAGAUGAGCCGCGUGCGCCCCGUCAAGGGGCUGCCCUGGGACAUCGGGGCCAUCAGCACCGCGCGCUGGGGCGGCGCCCGCCUGCGGGACGUGCUGCUCCACGCCGGCUUCGGCGAGCGCCGCGACGGCGAGUGGCACGUCUGCUUCGAGGGGCUCGACGAGGACGUGGGGGGGGCCCCCUACGGAGCCUCCAUCCCCUACGGGCGCGCCGUCAGCCCCGACGCCGACGUGCUCCUGGCCUACGAGAUGAACGGCGAGGAGCUGCCGCGCGACCACGGCUUCCCCGUGCGCGUGGUGGUGCCCGGCGUGGUGGGCGCCCGCAGCGUCAAGUGGUUGCGGCGCGUGGCCGUGAGCCCGGCCGAGAGCCCCAGCCACUGGCAGCAGAACGACUACAAGGGCUUCUGCCCGUCGGUGGACUGGGACACGGUGGAUUACCGGACGGCGCCGGCCAUCCAGGAGCUGCCGGUGCAGUCGGCCAUCACGCAGCCGCGGCCGGGCGCGGCGGUGCCGCCGGGCGAGCUGGCGGUCAAGGGCUACGCGUGGAGCGGCGGCGGGCGCCGGGUGGUGCGGGUGGACGUGUCGCUGGACGGCGGGCGCACGUGGCGGGCGGCCGAGCUGGCGGGGGAGCGGCCGGCGCCGGGCCGGGCCUGGGCCUGGGUGCUGUGGGAGCUGCGGGCGCCCGUGGCGGCGGGCGCGGAGCUGGAGAUCGUGUGCAAGGCCGUGGACGCCAGUUACAACGUGCAGCCCGACACCGUGGGGCCCAUCUGGAACCUGCGCGGGGUCCUGAGCAACGCCUGGCACCGCGUCCGCGUCACCGUCGCCCGCUGAGCCCCGAACGGCCCCGGCGCGUGGGACGCGGGGCCGCGGCUCGAAGGUCGCCCGGUUUUACCGCCCCCGGCACGUGAAAGCGGCUCCAUAAAGAUUGGGAAGUUUUA